GGCGCGCUUGUGUCGUGGGUGUUCAACAUUGGCUGCAGUGGCGCCCAGUCCUCGACCCUGGCCAGACGCCUGAGCGCUGGCGAGAAUCCGACCAAGGUUAUUGCCAGCGAGCUGCCCAGGUGGAAUAAGGCUGGUUGCAAGGUUUCGGAAGGGCGGAUGCAGCGUUGCAAUACCGAGAUCAAGCUUGCCAUGGCCCCGUCAAACAAGCAGGCGUUUCCCAAGUGCAUGUGA